GAGGAGUGGCCGGGGCUGGGGGACUCCAUGCGGGGGCCAUGGAUAGGGCGAGUCUCCUGGCACUGCCCCGCCUGUGCGCGCUGUGGGCAGCCCUGCUCGCGUUGUUCCCCUGCGGAGCCCAAGGAAACUGGAUGUGGUUGGGCAUCGCCUCCUUCGGGGUUCCGGAGAAGCUGGGCUGCGCCAACUUGCCACUGAACAGCCGCCAGAAGGAGCUGUGCAAGAGGAAACCGUACCUGCUGCCCAGCAUCCGCGAGGGCGCGCGGCUGGGCAUCCAGGAGUGCAGGAGUCAGUUCAGAUACGAAAGAUGGAACUGCAUGGUCGCCACCGCCACCGCCACCGUCACAGCUACCGCAGGCCCUUUCGGCACCAGCCCCCUCUUUGGCUACGAGCUAAACAGCGGCACUAAAGAGACAGCAUUUAUUUACGCUGUGAUGGCUGCAGGCCUGGUGCACUCUGUGACCAGGUCAUGUAGUGCGGGCAACAUGACAGAGUGUUCCUGCGACACCACCUUGCAGAAUGGUGGCUCAGCAAGUGAAGGCUGGCAUUGGGGGGGCUGCUCUGAUGAUGUCCAGUAUGGCAUGUGGUUCAGCAGAAAGUUCCUAGAUUUCCCUCUCAGAAACUCCACGGGAAAAGAAAACACAAUACUGCUAGCAAUGAAUCUACACAACAACGAGGCUGGGAGGCAGGCUGUUGCCAAGCUGAUGUCCGUAGACUGUCGCUGCCAUGGUGUUUCUGGCUCUUGUGCCGUGAAAACAUGCUGGAAAUCCAUGUCUUCUUUUGAAAAGAUUGGCCAUUUAUUAAAGGAUAAAUAUGAAAACAGUAUCCAAAUAUCAGACAAAGAAAAGAGGAAAAUGCGGAGGAGAGAAAAAGAUCAGAGGAAGAUUCCUAUCCACAAGGAUGACCUGCUGUAUGUGAAUAAGUCUCCCAACUACUGUGUGGAAGAUAAAAAACUGGGAAUCCCAGGAACACGAGGCAGAGAAUGCAACCGCACAUCAGAAGGUGCAGAUGGCUGUAACCUCCUCUGCUGCGGCCGAGGCUAUAACACCCACGUGGUCAGGCACGUGGAAAGAUGCGAGUGUAAGUUCAUCUGGUGCUGUUAUGUCCGCUGCAGGAGGUGUGAAAGCAUGACUGAUGUUCACACUUGUAAGUAACACCUCCUUCCAGCCUGGAGAAGACUCUAGCAAUAUCCUACAGAAUUGCAA